CUCAACACAUGGAAUCCUGGAGCCACGAUGCGCCAGCCUUCUUCUCAAUAUUUCCAUCCUAACUUCUUCUCCAUUUCUCCAUUUCCCGACUGCGAACAACCAUCCUCAUGACUUCCGGCUGCCAAUCUUCGAGAUGACAGAGCCUGUACCGGAACGACCGCACAUGGCGGAUGAUUCCCGCGAUUACAACCACGAUCAUGAUCAAGAUCUCGAUGCCCCUCCGUUUGCGCCUAUCUUUACUCUUGUGAAUAAUACGUCGACGCGUACAACUCAUCAUCCUCAUGUGCGCUACAUCUUCAGCGACGAUGAUCCAGACAUCCUAACGCAAGCAUUAGCCGAACUUGAUACCGGUGUCGACGAAUCUACCUCCGACCCAGCCCUAAGGCAUAGCAGGGCCAUGAUACUGGACCUAGCACCCAACUCUAACGGCGGAUACAGCGUCGCUUGGGCCUCGAGUCUGUCGGCAUCGUGGGCGGUGCUAGAUACUCAACUGAGUCACAUACCACCAGCUUCAUCAGACGGAAGCAACGAUGGUGAUGAAGGUGGAGACAACAACGCUCGAGCUGAUCGUUUGAUGCUGCGGAUCGAUGGUAUAGAAACCAGCGCUCUAGGCUCAGAGGGCGGAACGUCCGGAGAGGCUAGCAGGCAAGGCUCCGGCAUCGCAAGUGGCGGUGGAAGCGGCCAUCAUGAUCGUGAAAGAGGAGAGACCGAAGACUACACUAAUAUAGUGGAUAAAUUUGAAAGGCGAAUGACCACGUUACGAAAGAUCGUCGAAGCUGGCGAGGAGAGACGACGAAUCAUUGCUGCGGCGUAUACCACCGAGCCCAUGCAAGAUGCAACAGAGGGGAAUAAUCCGGCGUAUUGACGGCGUUAAGAGGGCCUUAGAUCUGUCUGACAUGGAAAUUGGAUUAUUACGUUUGCAAUAUGUUGCACUGUUGGGCUAUCUCUGAAUUAUUGGGACGACGACUUGUAUCACCGACCAAAGACCACGAAGAAUGUUAAUCAGGAACACAGAACUGCAGAUCGCCACAUCGAUCGGAAGAGCGUCAUACGGGAUUAUAAGGCUAAUACUAUGUGUUAUGUGUCAUGUGCUUUAGCCAUAUCAAAGGAAGUUUUGCCUUAGACAGUCUACGAGUUAUUAAUGAGGACUUAUGCAUUCGCGCCAAUCUUAUGAUAUUGGACACCACCACAAAUUCCCGGAAGAUGUUCGAUAUGUUAGUCUUGUAAUUGACACGACAUGCAUUACGCGGAUGGUAUAUGGUUUACGAGGUCACCUUAUAAUUAGCAUCUAGGAUCUUCCUGGGCUUCAAAACUUACAAUCUGGC